CAACAACAUCCGUUCAUCCUCUUGGCAGAGUCGAAUCUAAGUACGAGCGCACGCAGAGGCAACAUUCGGAUUUCAGAGGAUUCGACGCGCAACUUCGUCACGAAGAAGAGGUCCGCGCGGCCCGACCAAUUACUUGUCACGAAAGCACGAUUUGUCCGUGUGAAAACACAUAUCGCCGCCUCCAUCCACGUUAAAGGGGCUUGAAUACAAAUGGAUUCAGAAACCAGAAGCUGGAGACGAAAUGCGCGUGACGACGAUUAUCGAUCAAGCAAAGAUGUAGAUUCGCGCACCAAAAGACGAGAUCGGUCUGCCUCCGAAGAUGAGCGGAGUCCUCGAAAACGACGAUACUCCAAGUCAGGAGAUGAAAGGCGUCGCUCCAGGUCAAGAUCGCGUUCUGAAGUAGACUCAGAAUAUGAUGAAUCUCGCCGCCGGGGGAAGGCAGAAAAGGACGAAAACCGCGAUCGUGGCAAAGAUCGCCGACGUGACCGAAGAGACCGCAGCGAAGACUAUGCCUCAGACGAGCGCAAAUCUUCAAGACGUGACCGCAAGUACCGCGACCGUUCACGCUCUCGCUCGCGCACCCGCCGAGAAGACGAGCGUUCCCGUCGGCCCAACAGAAGGUCCAGAUCACCCACCUCCAAAAGACGCCACUCCCGCUCCCCUUCACCACACCGAAAAUCCCGCGCCCCUCUCCCCUCCCAACUAGACUCCUUCCAAAAAGACAACAAUCUCCCACCCGGCGAAGCACCAAUCGAAAAGCAAAAACCAAACUUCAAACCCACCGGCCUCCUCGCCAAAGAAGCCAACACCGUAGCCGGCACAACCACUGUCCUCAAAUACCACGAACCACCCGAAGCCCGAAAACCUCCAUCGUCGGCCCAAUGGCGCAUGUACGUCUUCAAGAAAUCGGACCUGGUCGAUACUAUUCAACUGCACACCCGCAGUGCCUGGCUCAUAGGCCGCGACCCCAAAAUCACAGAUCUGCAUCUCGAACAUCCGAGUAUUUCAAAACAACAUGCUGUGAUUCAAUUCCGGCAUCGUACGACGACGAAUGAGUACGGGGAUAAAUCGUCCAAGGUGAAGCCGUAUGUGAUUGAUUUGGACAGUGCGAAUGGGACCAGGGUGAAUGGGAAGAAAGUGGAAGCGAGUCGGUACAUGGAAUUGCUGGACCAGGACGUCUUGAAAUUCGGAGACAGUGAGCGGGAGUACGUGAUGAUGUUGCCAGGCGCUGCUGAGAAAUGAGAGAUGGCUCUUCCGAAGCAAGAGUCAACAAUGUAAUCACGUAGAUGGACGUGAGGUAGAAGAAGGGCGGACGGCAUCAGUCCAUAUCAACUCACUAAGCUAUGCCACAUCCACUACAACGACUGGUCAUUCCCCUUUCCAUUCA